AUGCUUUCCUCUCCUUCUCUUUACCACCUUCCUCCCCACAGAACUCAUCAUCGCCGCUCAUCAUCGUCAUCAUCAUCCAAUUCUUCUCCUGAUCAUCUCCUUCCUCUUCUCCACACCUUCAACUCUCCAUUUGAGCUCAAACAACUCCAUGCCCACGUCCUCAAAACCUCUUCUCCUCUCUCUCUCAUCCCUCUCCCCCGCGUCGCCGCCGUCUGCGCUCUCUCUCCUCCCGCCACUUUCGCCUACGCCCGCCAAAUCUUCCAACGCGUCGACUGCGGAGACUCGGAGAUUGUCCUCUGGAACUCGUGUCUCAAAACUUUCGCCGAAGGCGAUUGCCCAAAAGAUGUAAUUUCUCUUUUUAAACGGCUGCGGGAGUUUGAUGUUUUUCCCGACAGUUUCACACUCUCGUUCGUUCUGAAGGCGUGCUUGCGCUUGUCGGAUGUUAGGAAUGGGAGAAUCGUUCAUGGGAAUGUGGAGAAACUUGGGUUUGGUUGGAAUUUGUUUUUGCAGAACUCGAUUGUUCAUUUGUACGCCAAGUGUGGAGAAAUGGGGAAUGCCCGGUUGAUGUUUGACAAAAUGCCGCAUAGAGAUGUUGUUGCGUGGAAUAUUAUGAUGACCCAGUUGAUAAAAAGGGAUGAGGUUGAACAAGCCUAUGGCUUGUUUGCUGAAAUGCCUGAAAGAAAUGUCAGGUCCUGGACGUUGAUGAUUGCCGGUUUUGUUCAGUCUGGGAAGCCAAGGGAGGCCGUUAAUCUGUUCUUGGAGAUGGAAAAGGCUGGUGUUAAGCCAAAUGAAGUGACUGUGGUGGCGGUUCUUGCGGCUUGCGCUGAUCUAGGGGACUUGUUUUUAGGCAGGAGGAUUCAUGAAUACUCGAACCGAAGCGGUUUCGGAAGCAAUGUCCGUGUUUCCAACACUUUGAUUGACAUGUACGUUAAAUGCGGAUGCUUGGAGGAUGCUCGAGGAGUUUUCGAUAAGAUGGAAGAACGGACGGUUGUUUCAUGGUCCGCCAUGAUUGCAGGGCUUGCCAUGCACGGUCAAGCCGAGGAAGCGUUGAAGCUUUUCUCCACGAUGAUUCAAGUUGGUGUGAAGCCUAAUGGGGUCACCUUCAUUGGCCUCUUGCACGCUUGCAGCCACAUGGGCUUGGUAGACCAAGGUCGGAAAUUUUUCGCGAGCAUGACUUGCGAUCAUAGCAUAGUCCCUAGAAUCGAGCAUUAUGGUUGUAUGGUUGAUCUUCUAAGCCGGGCAGGGCUGCUUCAAGAGGCUCACGAGUUCAUAAUGAACAUGCCAAUUGACCCAAAUGGCGUUGUGUGGGGGACACUUCUUGGCGGAUGCAAAGUUCACAAGAGCAUUGCAUUGGCUGAGGAAGCAAUUAGACACCUUGCGGUAUUGGAUCCGUUUAACGAUGGAUACUAUGUCGUUUUGUCAAACAUCUAUGCUGAAGCAGAGCAGUGGGAAAAUGUCGCAAGAAUUAGGAAGUUGAUGAGAGAGCAAGGAGUAAAGAAGACGCCGGGUUGGAGCACAAUCACAGUAGAUGGAACGGUUCACGAGUUUGUCGCCGGGGAUGAGAGCCAUCCUCAAGCUGUGGAGAUAUUUCGGAUGUGGGGAAAUCUACUUGAGAAAAUGAAGGAAAAUGGGUAUGUGCCCAACACAUCAGUUGUUCUUUUAGACAUGGAGGAAGGCGAGAAGGAGAAGUUUUUGUACCGUCAUAGCGAGAAAUUAGCGCUGGUUUUUGGAUUGAUGAACACGGAACCUGGAACCCCGAUUCGGAUAAUGAAGAAUCUCCGAGUUUGUGAGGAUUGUCACGCAGCUUUCAAGCUAAUAUCAGCAAUUGUUGGUAGAGAGAUAGUUGUGCGUGAUAGAAAUAGGUUCCAUUAUUUCAAGGAUGGCUCUUGUUCCUGCAGGGAUUACUGGUAGUGGGAUCUAAUGGAUAGGAAAGAAAAAUUGUACUAUAGUCAGAACCAUUUUGAAAGAAAUUGAAUUCUAGCGUACAAUGUUUCUACCAAGCUUUGGGGAAAAAGAAAAAAAAAACAAAAA